AUGCAGAUUCGUAGAUCAGAUUCUGAAGCAACAUCACAAUCCACCUUCCCUCAGAGACAUUCUGGUGUUUCAGCUACACGAUGUUCAACUUGUGGUAGGUUUCACUUCGGGAAUUGUUCUAGAGAUGGUAAUCCUAAGGUGUGCUACCAAUAUGGCCAAAUAGGUCACAUCAGGAGGGAUUGUCCUAUAGACACGACACAUCCAUCCUCUAGUUAUGCAUCAGCACCAACAGCUUUGGCAUCUUCUCAGACUCAUUCUGCAUCUGUGCGUCAGAGUGGAAAUUCUUAUGUCAGAGGUUCAAGAACAUUUCAGCAGCGAGGUAGAGGAUUUGGUGGUAGAGGUCAGAUACCAGCAGGAAGAGGUCAGGCUCGAGUGUUUGCUUUGACUCGUCAGGAUGCUCAGACAUCCAAUGCAGUAGUUACAUGUAUACUUUCUAUUAGUUCUAGAGAUGCUCAUGUUUUGUUUGAUCUUGGAGCUACACAUUCUUUUGUAUCCUCGUGGUUUGCUACUCAACUUGGUAAAUGUUCAUCUUCUUUAGAAGAGCCAAAUUCAUAG